CAUCAACACGUGCCGUUCGUCCAGAGCCAUGGCGGAGGGUUCGGCGAUGAGCCGAAAAAAUUUACAAAUGUUGUCAGAAUCCCUUGCCAAGGUGGCGAAGCAUUUUAACAAAAAAGAAGUGAAGUGCCUAAUCAGACUUUAUAAUGACUUGGUCGGUGAGCAGAGUGAACGGCGUAUGGGAGCUGGUUUGGAUCGUAGUAAGUUUAGGAAUAUUCUACACAACACGUUUGGAAUGACCGAUGACAUGACCAUGGACAGAGCAUUUCGUGCUUUUGACAAGGACAAUGACGGCUUUAUUAGCAUUAAAGAGUGGAUAGAAGGCCUCUCUGUAUUUCUACGUGGGACGCUGGAUGAAAGAAUAAAAUACUGUUUUGAUGUGUAUGACUUGAAUGGAGAUGGAUAUAUUUCAAGGGAAGAAAUGUUUCAUAUGUUGAAAAACAGCCUCACGAAACAGCCAACAGAAGAAGAUCCCGAUGAAGGAAUUAAAGAUUUAGUUGAGAUAACCCUGAAAAAAAUGGUUGGGUCUGCACAAUGAUUCAAGUCUAAGAGCCCUGUUCUU